UCCACUUCGCCAGCUGCAUCCCAGCCAGAUCUUUUCCCGAGCCCAAGUCCACCAGCCAGUGCAAAUAAAGCUCAAGACUUACAUUUAAGAUGGUCAACGUCGGCCACAUUUUCGUGUGGGCCUUGCUCUUGGUCACCACUCGGGGCACUGAUCUGAGUGAUGAUGAGGCGCUCAAUGACGUUUUAGGCGAACUUGAGUUUGACGACUCCUCGCCCAGAUUAACGCGCGACACUUCUCUGUCGGCCAAGCACAUCGAGAAGAUCGAUGUGAAAUGCGACCAAGGUAGUGGCAUGAUGGUCGAGGUUGAGUUCUCCGAGGACUUCGAGGGAGUCAUCUACAGCCAGGGGUACUUCAGCGACCCAAAGUGCAACUACGUGAAGGGCGAUAGAUCGGGACGCAGUUUCACUUUCACAGUGCCAUACGAUGGAUGCGGCAGCAAGCCCUCGUGCUCCGUUUGCGCCUCAAUCGAGAACAUCCUGAUCAUCCAGGACGACAGGGACAUACAAAAUAGCUUCGAUAUAGCACGGAAAAUAUCGUGUAGUCGAGGCGAUGAACGUGAGAAGACUGUAUAUUUCAAACCAUUUGUCGUGGACAUGCUCGAGGUUAUAUCGGUAGAUACACCGAGUGGGCCGGUAGAGUGCUGGAUGGAGAUCGGGACGGGAACUCCUCCCAAUGUCAAACCCAUCCAGGGCACUCUAACCCUGGGAACUGACAUUACUUUCACCAUCAACGUUAAGCACUCGGAACAGGCAUGGGAUAUAAACAUACUGCAAUGUUAUGCCUCCGAUGACAUGGAUUUUGAGGCCAGAACGACAAAGAGAUUGCAGCUGUCGGACAAAAGGGGAUGCUCGAUAAAGGAGAAAAUAUUUGGGGAGUGGCGAAAGUUUGAGGCGGGCUCCAGUCUAACUUCCACCUACUAUAAUACACUCAAGGCAUUUAGGUUCCCCGAUCGAUCUCAGGUGUAUCUGAAGUGUGACAUUGAACUGUGCAAUGGAGCGUGUAAGAGGGACUACACUUGCGGUAGUCUCAGGUCGUUGACGUGUCCUGAAGGAUCAACUGAUCCUCAGUGUCUACAGGAUCAUCUAAUUUCACCAAAGCCUCGCUGCUACCCAGGCUCCAACGAGCCAGGUUGCCCAAGGCCCACUUCCCCUCCACCCACAACGAUCAGAAUACCAAUAGCCUCAACAUUUACGCCCAGACCACGAUGCUAUCCUGGAUCCAACGAUCCAAGCUGUAACGAAACUCCGCAAACUACGUCCCUACCCAGUUGUCCUUUGGGCUCAACUGAUCCUCGCUGUCGCGUUGCCCCGCCGGCAACAAAAAAGCCAAGGUGUUUUUCCGGAUCAAGGGAUCCGGAAUGUCAACCAGCUACCUAUCUUCCACCAACAACGAGGAGAUCUUCGACCAAGCCGCGUUGCUAUCCCGGAUCAACGGAUCCUGAUUGCCAACCGGCAACAAGGGCACCUAUUACCACAGUAAAGCCAGGAUGCUAUCCAGGCUCCGAUGACCCCGAGUGUCAGCCUGCAACUUAUGUUCCACAAACAACGAGGAGACCUUCCAUUACUACGAAGAGACCACGUUGCUACCCGGGAUCAACAGAUCCAGAGUGUCAACCCAGAACAAGGCCAACGAUUACCACAUCACAGCCAAGAUGUUCUCAAGGAUCAACUGACCCGGAGUGUCAACCUGCUACUUAUCUUCCACCAACAACAAGAAGAACUCCCAUUCCGACAACCAGAGUUCCACUAACAACAUCAAAGCCAAAUUGUUAUCCAGGCUCAACGGAUACUCGUUGCCCACAAGCUCCAGGACCACGGUGCUAUCCUGGAUCACCAGAUCCUUCCUGUCAACCCCCAACGCGUAUAACUCAGAAGCCGCCCACUUCUCCACAGCCAAAAUGCUAUCCCGGCUCAUCCGAUCCAGAGUGCCUCAAUUGCUAUCCGGGUUCUCCGGAUCCGAGAUGUCCCAAAGUGCCAACCACAAAGAAGGCUGGAUGCUAUGAGGGUUCGGAUGACCCUAGAUGUCAACCCGCUACCUACUUACCGCCUUCGACUCGUCGACCACCGACAAUUGCACCGCGACCACGGUGUUAUCUUGGAUCAACGGAUCCCAGUUGUCCGCAACAAACUCAACCAACCACCCGAACACCUAUUACUACUAUUAAGCCCAGGUGUUUCCCAGGCUCCAAUGAUCCCGAAUGUCAACCAGCAACGACUAGGCGGCCCCUAACUACCUCCAAGCCAAAUUGUUAUCCUGGUUCGACAGACAGACGCUGUCCCCAAGAACCCGUGACGACAUCAAGGCCGAGAUGUUAUCCUGGCUCAUCGGACCCUGAAUGUCAGCCUGCUACUUUGGUCCCACCAACUACGGUUCGAACGACAAUAACAACGUCGAGGCAAAGGUGUUACCCGGGUUCCAGUGAUCCCAGUUGUCAGCCUCCGACAACAAGAAAGCCAAUAACCACGCCUAAGCCAAACUGUUAUCCGGGCUCCACAGAUAGUCGCUGCCCGCAGACACCGCGAACUACGCAACAGCCAAGGUGUUACCCUGGGUCCACAGAUCCUGACUGUCAGCCUGCAACUUACCUUCCACCAACAACAGCAAGAACAACGAUUACUACUGCCAAGCCAAGGUGUUAUCCUGGUUCAAGCGAUCCAUAUUGCCAGCCACCAACAACAAAAAAACCAAAUUGUUAUCCUGGAUCCACCGACAGUCGGUGUCCACAAAAGCCACCUAUUACACCAAAGCCAAAGUGCUAUCCCGGUUCAACAGAUCUGGAGUGCCUGAAUUGUUACCCUGGUUCACCCGAUCCUAGAUGCCCUAAGGUCCCAACAACGAAAAAGGCAGGAUGCUUUGAUGGUUCGGAUGAUCCCAAGUGUCAACCCGCCACUUACUUGCCGCCAUCAACAAAGCGGACUCCUACAAUUGCUCCUAAACCAAGGUGCUACCCAGGAUCAAAAGAUCCGGGAUGCCCUCAGAUUACAACAAGGGCACCCACUUCCACGUCUAGACCACGGUGCUACCCAGGAUCCACUGACCCCGAAUGUCAUCCAACUACUUCCUCGCCUGCGAUAACAAGAAUACCUGUAACAACUAGGAUUCCUUUAACAACAGCUAAGCCCAGGUGUUAUCCAGGUUCACAGGAACCUGGAUGCCAACCUGCAACUAGGCCACCAAUUACCACCUCCAAGCCAAGAUGCUAUCCAGGAUCUCUAGAUCCCGAGUGUCAGCCUUCAACUUACCUUCCGCCAACACCAGUUAGAACCACCGUGCCAACUAUUCCGACGACCAGAAUUCCAGUCACUACAUCAAAGCCAAAUUGCUAUCCGGGCUCAACAGACCGACGCUGUCCAAAGGAACCCGUUACAACACCAAAGCCUAGAUGUUACCCUGGCUCACCAAACCCAGAAUGUCAAAAGGCCACAUACUCACCUCCUACAACUAGAACACCUGUGACAACAUCCAAGCCAAAUUGUUAUCCAGGCUCCACCGAUAGUCGCUGUCCCCAGAAGCCACCUACUACUCUAAAACCGAAGUGCUCCCCUGGUUCUUCAGAUCCUGAGUGCCUGAAUUGUUAUCCUGGCUCUCCUGAUCCGAGAUGCCCCAAAGUUCCUACCACAAAGAAAUCAGGAUGCUUUGACGGCUCACAAGAUCCAAGGUGUCAGCCUGCCACGUAUUUGCCACCAUCAUCUCGUCGCCCUCCCACAACUGCACCCAAGCCCAGAUGCCACCCAGGAUCUACAGAUCCUAGUUGCCCACAACCAACUCAACCAAUCACAACUCGGCUACCUAUAACUACACAGAAAGCUAGAUGUUAUCCGGGAUCUACUGCCCCCGAAUGUCAACCAGCUACUACGCCUACCCCAACCUCCACAAGGCCUAUAACUACUAUAACCACAUCGAAGCCAAAUUGUUAUCCUGGCUCGACAGACAGACGAUGCCCGCAGAUACCAGUGACUACAACAAAGCCUAGAUGUUAUCCUGGCUCAACUGACCCACAGUGUCAGCCUGCAACUUACUUGCCCCCAACGACAGUUACUACAGUCAGGCCAAGAUGUUAUCCAGGAUCCAAUGAUCCAGGUUGCCAGCCUCCUCAAACAACUAAAACGCCGAUAACCACAUCAAAGCCUGUUUGCUACUUAGGAUCAACGGAUAGUCGUUGCCGCCAGAAUCCGUCAACGACUCAAAAACCAAAAUGUUCUGUGGGCUCUACAGAUCCUGAGUGCCAACCAGCCACGUAUCUCCCUCCAACAACUGUAUCACCCACCAUCCCAACAACCAAGCCAAGGUGCUAUCCUGGAUCAACUGACACCAGCUGUCAACCAAAAACCUAUUCUCCACCGACUUCAAGACCUCUUAUAACCACAUCGAAGCCCAGAUGUUAUCCGGGCUCACCAGAUCCUGAGUGUCAGCCGGCAACCUAUCUUCCACCUACAACCAGGCGCACGACCAUUCCCGUUACGAAGCCAAGGUGUUAUCCGGGAUCCAGUGAUCCAGAAUGUCAACCGGAAACCUAUUCGCCGCCCACAACAAGACCACCUGUAACUACAUCUAAGCCAAACUGCUAUCCAGGCUCUACAGAUAGUCGUUGCCCUCAGAAGCCACCUACUACUUUGCAACCCAAGUGCUAUCCUGGUUCAUCAGAUCCGGAGUGCCUCAAUUGCUAUCCCGGUUCGCCCGAUCCAAGAUGUCCAAAAAUCCCAACCACAAAGAAAGCAGGAUGCUUUGAGGGUUCAGAUGAUCCAAGAUGUCAACCCGCCACCUAUUUACCCCCGUCGUCCCGUCGGCCACCCACUAUUGCCCCCAAGCCGAGAUGUUAUCCAGGAUCUACAGAUCCCAGUUGUCCGCAACCAACUCAACCUACCACAACAAGGACACCAUUAACUACAUCUAGACCUAGGUGCUAUCCCGGAAGUACUGAUCGCGAAUGUCAACCAGCCACAUAUUCCCCACCGACAUCUAGAUCACAAAUAACUACCCUGAAACCCAGAUGUUAUCCUGGGUCAAAAGACCCUGAAUGUCAGCCAGCAACUUAUGCGCCUCCAACCACAAGGACUCCUGUGACAACAUCCAAGCCAAAUUGCUAUCCAGGCUCCACGGAUAAACGUUGCCCGCAGGAAAUCGUAACAACACAAAAGCCCAGAUGUUAUCCUGGCUCACCGGAUCCCGAAUGUCAGCCCGCAACUUACCUUCCUCCCACAACCUCACGCACAACGAUUCCUCCGACUAGACCUAGAUGCUAUCCGGGUUCCAGUGAUCCUAGCUGCCAGCCAACAACGAACUUGCCACCGACAACUCGAACGCCUGUAACUACGAGGAAGCCAAAUUGUUAUCCAGGAUCAACAGAUAGUCGGUGCCCACAGACGCCUCAAACGACGAUAAGGCCAAAAUGUUACCCAGGAUCUACAGAUCCCGACUGUCAGCCUACCACGAAUCUUCCGCCAUCCACACCAAGGCCAACAGUUCCUACAACCCAGCCUAGGUGUUAUCCAGGAUCAAGCGAUCCCUAUUGCCAAUCACCAACAACAAGAGCGCCUCUCACAACCCCAAAACCAAAUUGUUACCCAGGUUCCACGGAUAGUCGUUGCCCACAGAAGCCACCAACUACUUUGGCGCCCAAAUGCUUCCCUGGAUCAUCAGAUCCGGAGUGUCUGAAUUGUUACCCUGGUUCGCCCGAUCCCAGAUGUCCUAAAGUACCAACCACAAGGAAGGCAGGAUGUUCAGAUGGUUCCGAUGAUCCAAGAUGCCAGCCAGCCACGUACUUGCCACCUUCAACUACAAGAGCACCUAAGCCAAAUUGCUACACGGGAUCAACUGAUCCUAGGUGUCCGCAGCCAACUCAGGCGACAACCUUAAGAACGCCAGUUACCACGACGAGGUGUUACCCAGGCUCUCCAGAUCCUGACUGCCAACCAGCAACAAGAGCACCUGUCACAACUUUGAGGCCAAAAUGUUAUUCCGGCUCCAAUGAUCCCGAAUGCCUGCCGUCAACUUAUUCUCCUCCGACUACAAGAAUUCCAGUAACCACAUCUAGUCCAAAUUGUUAUCCAGGCUCGAGGGAUACACGCUGUCCACAGGCGCCAGUAACUACACAGAGACCCAGGUGUUACCCCGGCUCCAAGGACCCUGAGUGCCAACCCGCUACCUACCUCCCACCGACAACGGCAAGGACAACGAUUCCGACGGUCAGGCCAAGAUGUUAUCCGGGCUCCAAUGAUCCAGAUUGUCAACCAUCUACAUACACGCCUCCAGUAACUAAAACGCCUAUCACCACGCCCAAACCCCGUUGCUAUCCGGGCUCCAGUGAUCCAUCUUGCCAGCCCGCUACUUAUCUUCCACCAACAACUGCUAGCAGGUGCUAUCCUGGUUCCAGCGAUCCUAAAUGUCAACCCGCCACCUAUGCUCCUCCCUCGACCAGAGCUCCUUUAACUACUUCCAGGCCCAAUUGUUACCCGGGAUCCACGGAUAGGCGCUGUCCCCAGACACCGCCAACGACACCUAGACCAAGGUGUUAUCCAGGCUCAUCGGAUCCUGAGUGCCUGCCAGGAACAACGUCCAGACCUCCGAUUGCCGGAACCACGCCGGUAUACUGCUACCCAGGAUCCAUCGAUCCACGCUGCCCCGACUCCGGAUACAGGGGCACAAGCCGAAUUCCAGCCACAUAUCUGCCGCCACUGAGUGAUCCUGGCUACGAUAGAACCAUUCGGAAUGCGAAGACUCUGUUCUUCAAUGAAAUCAAUCAAUUGGCCUUCACCGACAACAACGUCUUCGAGCUCGAUGAUGACGAAGUCGAGAGCUCGAGGGUCAAGCGCGAGUUGAAACUUGACGAGGAUGACCUCCUGUCUAAGAGGAUCAUAAAGCGCGAGUCCAACCAGGAGCACAAUUCCGAACAAGAAGUGAUUUCCCUGACCCUCGGAGUUAGAACUGGCAUCAGUGUGAAGUAGUCGUUGAAGGUCUAGUAGACUGUAAGGCAUACAAAUAUUAUAAUAUCAUCAUACACCGAUAUGUAUUUACCUAGAAUGAUAUUCAUU